AGACGGGCUAAGCUGGCUAGCCACCACAGGCAGCGUGAUGGCUGCAACUGCGAGUUCCCUGUAACAAUCUGCGGAAUAUGUGCACAGUGCUUCGUGCUACGCCCAGUAUCGUGUGUCGAAGUGCGGGCGCAUCCGCUAUGCAAGGCGUGGGAUUUACGUCGGCACCAGCGCACGAAACAGCUUUCGCAGAGUCCUUACGUUUAUGAUGAAAAUGGCGUCCAUAAAUGAAGAAACGGUGCUACAGGCACCUAUGCUCAAGCGGUCCCAGAGCAACAGUCGCCUCAAAUCCGUCAGCUACAAGUCACGUUGGUUUGUGCUCACCAAGGCCUGCCUGCGGUAUCACGAUGGAAAGCCAGACGGCAAAGAAAAAGGACGCUUGGACCUGCGCGCAGUGCGACUUGUAGAGCGUGUUGAUGACGGAGCGCUUGAGAGGGAGAAGGCAUUUCAGAUUGGCUACAAAGAUCGCUUUAUGUACAUUGUGGCAUCAUCCGAAGUGCAGCGAGAAGAAUGGAUAUGUGCUUUAAGAAAAUUGUGUGCAAACAAUGAGCAGCUUGCUGACAAGUUCCACUCGGGCGUUUGGUCUGGCGGUCGCUGGGGCUGCUGUGGCCGGGGAUCUCGCAGUUCCCCGGGAUGCCGAAGCACGUGGGUCACCUCGCCGCACAGUGCAGAGUCCCUCAACUCCAGGGGUAGCAUCACAUGCAGUGACCCAGCACCUACAAGGACCAAGGACAUACUGCCUAUUAAGAGCACUGUGUCUACGAAAGUGGUGACAGCGCUGUAUUCAUUCCAAGCCAUUGAAAAAGGAGAUCUCUCGUUAGAAGCUGGCAAAGAAUACAUUGUACUGGAUGACACUGGAGAGCAUUGGUGGCAGGUGAAAGACAAAAAUGGGGCUGUGGGCUUCAUUCCAAGCAACUAUGUGGAGGAGAAGGCGGGCCUCUGGCAGCACGAGUGGUAUGCGGGAGACAUGUCCAGGCAACGGGCUGAACAAAUUCUGCGUCAGGAAACGAAGGAGGGAGCCUUUGUGAUUCGAAACUCAUCCACACAAGGCCUCUUCACUUUGUCACUACUGGCAAACAGUCCCAACGGUGUGUUCCAAGUGAAGCACUACCACAUCAAGAGCAAGGCAGGUGGCCAGCUGUACCUCUCUGAGCGACGCACUUUCCCCUCCCUCGAGGAUCUGGUGAGAUACCAUCGCCACGACAGUGGAGGGCUUGCCACCAGGCUGCGUCACUGGCCUGCACAGCUGCGCCGCACUGCUCCCACUGCCGGCCUUGGCCAUGACAAAUGGGAAAUUGACCCCUCCGAGCUGACUCUUCUAGAAGAACUUGGAAGUGGGCAGUUUGGUGUGGUGCGCCGAGGAAAAUGGAGGGGCUGUCGAGAUGUGGCCGUGAAAAUGAUGAAGGAAGGCACCAUGUCCGAAGAUGAUUUUAUCGAAGAGGCAAAACUAAUGACGAAGCUACAACACCCCAACCUGGUUCAGCUGUAUGGUGUUUGCAGCAAGCACCGUCCUAUAUUUAUUGUAGCAGAGUACAUGAAACAUGGCUCCUUGCUGCAGUUCCUGCGUCGUCACGAGCGCGCCCUGUGCGAGAAAGGUCCUGUGCUGCUUCUUGACAUAUGCCUGCAAGUGGCCAGCGGCAUGGCCUACCUUGAGCUGCACAACUACAUUCAUCGUGACCUGGCUGCACGCAACUGCCUCGUUGGCGAGAACUAUGUGGUCAAGGUGGCCGACUUUGGCCUGGCAAGAUAUGUCAUUGAUGACGAGUACACCAGUUCUGGAGGAGCGAAGUUCCCUAUCAAAUGGGCUCCACCUGAAGUACUAGGCUACACUCGCUUCAGUAGCAAGUCUGACGUGUGGGCAUAUGGUGUGCUAAUGUGGGAAGUGUUCACGUGUGGCAAGAUUCCCUAUGGCCGAGCUGCCAACGCCGAGGUUGUUGAGCAGGUGCAGCACGGCCAGAGGUUAGCCCGACCUCCAGCAUGCCCUUCUGACGUGUACCAGGUCAUGCGAUCCUGCUGGGAAAAGAAACCAGAUGCAAGACCGUCUUUUCGAUCUAUCAAGAGUCAGCUGGAGAAAGUAAUGGAUAAGGACCACUGAAGAUAGAAAUCUUUUGUAUGGAACGAGCAUGAAAUUUGUGCUCUUCGACAUCAUGUGAAAUUGAAUGCACAAUCAUUUCUGACUGCAAACUUAUGCCUGGUGGCCUGCUGUAGGUCGACAUCAAACUCAAGCCUAGGUUGUUUCUGUACAACACCAGUGUAUCUUGUUUUUACGAAACCUUUUUUUUAUUGCUAGUGAAUUUUUUGUUACUUGUUUAAGUUGAACAAUGUGUGCAUGCUCUCUUUAUUAAGUCUUGAUUGUUACUUAGUACUUAUGUAUAGGCAGUCUUGAAAUAUUGCUUAGAAUCUCUCUUUUUUUUUCUUUUCCACACCUGUGUGUUUGGUGUUUGCACAUGCAACGAAUAUUACUACAGCUGCCAACUGGGUGUAACCAGUUUUGUUGUUAUCCAUGACUUUACUGAUGGUUUUAUGAUAGACAGUCAUUUCCGUGUGCCGGCAGCUGUUGACAGGAGCUGCGAUUGGCUCAUUCUGUGUGCAAUAUUAGUUGCGAGUAUGGAAGUGUGUGCGAGGUCGAGUUUACACUUUUGUUGCACUUAUCUCACUAAAGAUCUGCCCAUGUGUAACAGCUGUUGUUUCUAGGCUGAAUGAGCAGUGUUUUUCUGCGCAACGGUAUUUGUGAAUUAAUGCUUGAUUGUAGAGUGGCACAGUUAGAGGCAUUUAUAUUUUUGGUUCUCAUACCCGUGUGUGUGUGUGUUUGCGUGUUUAGCAUGUCAGUCCUGAUGCUUGUACUCAAGUCAUUGUUUUAAAAUCUUGACCUUGGAACUCCCUCAACUCCGUCUACUUGCCAGCGAGGGUUGUGUUGACUACGUCUAUGCUCUCUUGCGAAGGACUUUUUUUUUUCACUGUGCCAUAUAUCAUUUUCCCUUGACACACGCACUUGUGUUCAUGAUGUUGGAUUUGUCUGUUGACUUGUUUUUUUUUUUGUUUCGAAACUGUUGUUGCCUUCGGAGUCCGCUGUGUUUUUUUGAAACGUGGCAUCAUUUGUUAUAAAAGUUGCUGCUUGACAUUGAGCCGUUGAAGUGAAAGGAACAAGUCAGUUUAGGAUUUUUUUAGUGUGAAGGAGAUGUGUGUGAGAACAUACUUUUUAUGGAAACAAAUAAACCAUGUGUGCGAAUACUCGGCAA